AUGUUUAUUACUUUGAGAGGAUUAGCUAAAAAUUUGCAGAAAUGGAGUUUAGAGACAUUUGGAGAUAUAUAUAAGAAGAAAAAGAGGUUAUUAGCGCACCUCGAGGGAAUACAAAAGAAACUUGAUGCGGAACCUAAUGAUUACCUUCAACAUUUAGAAAUUACUUUGAUUGAGGAGUAUAAUCUUGCUCUUUAUCAGGAAGAGUUGAUUUGGCAACAAAAGGUUAGAUUGGAUUGGCUUAAGUAUGGGGAUAGCAACUCAAAGUUUUAUCAUGCUCUUGUGAAAAGCACACAAAGGAAGAAGAAGAUAAUUGCAUUUCGCAGAGAUGAUGGAUCAUGGUGUACAGAUCCUAAAGAACUAGAGGAGAUGGUUGUCAACUUUUAUCAAAAUUUGUAUAAGGAUGAUGGGGUUCGGGUCCCAUUACCGAUGGCUUAUGCUACAGUUGAUCAGUUGAAACCAAUGCUUGAGGGAUUAAUUGGAAGAUCACAAAGUAGCUUUAUUCCAGGAAGGCAAGCUGUAGACAAUGUUAUUGUAGUGCAGGAGGUUAUCUAUACAAUGAAGACCAUGAAACGAAGAGAAAGAGCCCUCGCGCUUAAAGUGGAUUUGGAGAAAGCCUAUGAUCGAGUUAAAUGGAGUUUUAUUCGUGAAGUAAUGACAGAAAUAGGAAUUCCUUCUAAUUGGAUUUCCUUAAUUAUGAACAUUGUGCAAUCCCCUACUUUCGCCAUUAUUUGGAAUGGGAAUUCGUCAACAUCUUUCUCUCCAUCAAGAGAUGACCUCAUGUUAUUUGGAGUGGCAACUUCACAACAAGUGAUGUUAAAGACUCUUGAUAAAUUUUGCCAAGCAUCUGGUCAAAAGGUGAACUUAGAAAAAUCCUCCAUGUUAGUUUCUGCUAAUAUUAACUUCAUAAAGGCGAAAGUUUUGAGCCAGUUAGCUAAAGUUCCUUUAGUUAAGGAUUUUGGGAAGUACUUAGGGACUCCGAUGAUUCAUGGAAAAGUGUCAAAAGCCACUUAUCAGGAGCUAUGCAGUAGAAUUUAA